ACCCGGCGCGCCGGCUUCUGUCAGCGCUGGUAGCGGCAUGUUGGUCAGCGGGCGGCUGACAGGGGCGCGAGCCCGGGCGCCUCUGCAUGCGGGUCUCCUCGAGACUUGGCUCCGCCGCGGGCGGACCGCGUCCUCCUACUCCGCUUCCUCUGAGCCGUCCAAGGUGCGGGCGCUGAUCUAUGGCAACCACGGGGAUCCGGCCAAGGUCAUCCAACUGAAAAACCUGGAGCUUACUGCUGUGGAAGGAUCUGACGUCCACGUGAGGAUGCUGGCAGCCCCUGUCAAUCCGUCUGACAUAAAUAUGAUCCAAGGGAACUAUGGCCUCCUUCCCAAGCUGCCUGCUGUUGGAGGGAAUGAAGGCGUCGGACAGGUGGUAGCAGUGGGCAGCAGUGUGUCUCAACUGAAGCCGGGAGAUUGGGUGAUCCCAGCAAGUGCUGGUUUAGGAACCUGGCGGACUGAGGCCGUGUUCAGUGAGGAAGCGCUGAUUGGAAUCCCUAAGGAUAUCCCUCUCCAGAGCGCUGCUACCCUAGGUGUCAACCCUUGCACAGCCUACAGGAUGUUGGUGGACUUUGAACAGCUGCAGCCAGGGGACUCUGUCAUCCAGAAUGCAUCAAACAGUGGAGUGGGGCAAGCAGUUAUCCAGAUCGCCUCAGCCCUCCGCCUAAAGACCAUCAAUAUAGUCAGAGACAGACCUGACAUCCAGAAGCUAACUGACAGACUAAAGAAUCUGGGAGCUGACUAUGUCCUCACAGAGGAGGAGCUAAGGAUCCCCGAGACAAAAACCAUCUUCAAGGACGUGCCCCUGCCCCGACUGGCUCUCAAUUGUGUUGGUGGGAAGAGUUCCACAGAGCUGCUACGGCACCUCGCGCCUGGAGGAACCAUGGUGACCUAUGGGGGAAUGGCCAAGCAACCUGUAACAGCCUCUGUGAGCCUGCUCAUUUUUAAGGACCUCAGACUUCGGGGCUUCUGGUUGUCCCAGUGGAAAAAGAACCACAGUUCAGAUGAGUUCAAGGAGCUGAUUCUCACCCUCUGUGACCUCAUUCGCCAAGGCCAGCUCACAGCCCCCGCCUGUUCUGAGGUUCCACUGCAGGACUACCAGCAGGCCUUGGAAGCCUCUAUGAAGCCAUUUGUGUCUUCAAAGCAGAUUCUCACCAUGUGAUUGUCGCAGAGGACCAGGAGGAAAGCAAGAGUGGAGACCAGAGGAUGAGAAGCCGGCCUCCCUGAGGACAGGAUGAAGACUAGAGGUCAUCCCUGUGGAGGACUGUGCACCUGCUGCCUCACAGCACCAGGAAGCCCCUGCCCUGCCUGACCACUCUGAAUGCAGAGGCUGGGGGAUUGCUGCCAAGUCAGAAGUCACACCCUCAGCAGUGUGAGCCCUAGGGUCUGGCAGAGGGGGAAAGGUGGUUAACUUCUCCCAGAGUGUGUGUCUGUCCAGGGCAAGGGGAUCUGCUGCCAAGGUGAGUGCCAGGCUGAGAUCAUUAAAGCUUAAGAGACCAGAACACAGGAUCUCAGGUGUCUGGGCCACCUUGAGGGGACUUCCUUUGUAACUGAGGGAAUAAACAUUACACCUGUGGCUCUCAGCCAGGGGCCAUUUUUAACCCCAGAGGAACACUUGGCUAUUGCAGCUUGGGGAGGGAGUUGUUAUUGCCGCAACUGUGCAGAGAUCAGUACUGCUAAAUAUUUUACAGCAGGGCAAGGUAAUACACACCUAGAAUCCCAGGAAUCGGCAGGCUUAAGUCAGCUGGACUGCCACAUGUUGGAAGCCAGCUUGGGCUAUAAACCAAGACUGUCUCAAACUUUCUUUCUUACAAAGGGGACCAGGAGUAUAGCUCAGUGACAGAGUGCUUAUCUAGCAUGCAACAGGCCUUGGGUUCCAUUCCAGUAACUGUCAAAAGAACAGAUAGAGCGCCCAGGACCACCUCCCACAGCGAAUGAUCCUGCCCAAAAGGUCCCUAGUGGUGCUAUUGAGAACGCCAGCAUUAAACCCCCAGGUGGAGCCACUAUGACUGGUGCUAUGCAGAAGGCAUGCAGGGCUGCAGACACCUGGGCUUUGGGCAAGGCUUGCUCGAGGUGCAAGGUGACAAGCUGACUAUGAAAAACAAGUUGUUUUAUACAAGCUAAAGGAGUCUGGCUUUCUCAUUUUUGCUUCAUGAUCAUUUUGCCCAAAGCAAAGCACAACAACUUGGAGUUGUCUCCUUUGUCAGCUGAUCCAUUCAUUGUACCUUCAUCUCAGAGUCUCAUUCGGGGAACAUUUAUUGAAUGUUUAGUGUGGCCUAGUGUGAGGCCAUUACAGUAAAAAGGGCAAAGCUGGGAGAGGACAGAGGUUCAGCUCAGUCAAGGGAGGGAGGCUUCAUGAAGGCAGUGUUGUUUGUAGAAUUUUGAAGACCAAGUAGGAAAUGUGGACCAAGCAAAGCCAGCAGCUAGUUUUCUGAAUGUGAGAGAGGUCCUGGGCCUUGGGAAAUCACAACCUGAAGCGUGAAGCUACUGCCUAAGAGGCUGCAGCUUGAGCAGAGGUGGGAACGUGUGUGUGUGUGUGUGUGUGCGUGCGUGCGUGCGUGCGUGCGUGCGUGCGUGCGUGCGUGUGUGUGUGUGUGUGUGUGUAUCAGGUCACAGAGAUCCUUUAGGUUAGAACCUGCCUGAGAGCAUGAGAUUUCAAGGCAGUGAUAAUGUGCACACAGCCUGGGAGGCUAUGACUGCGUGCCGGUGUGCACACAGUCUUCCAGCUUACUCAGCUUGCCUCUGGGAACAUCUGUGCUCUCUAGAGGAAAGGACUGCUUCAGCCCAAGGCUGGGGCAGGUCAGCAGAUGCCUCCUGAAUAAAAUUGGCUGCCUUGUACACCUGGGCUCAGAAUCAGCUUCAGCCUGUUCCUGUGCCCCUUUAUGUCCUCUGGGUUGUUGGGAUAGGUGUUUUGCACCAAAGGUCCCUGUGGACAAAUGAGAAAACCUAAGGGUACAGGAAGGCAGCCCAGAGGCAGCAGGAAUAAAAGGUAGGGGAGUCACAAAGUUGGAGGUUAAAGCCUACAGCCACAGUAAGGGAGGCCAUGUUCCAAUCCAAGAUGGCAGGUGCAGAGGAUUUCUGCACAAGCAUAGGAAUCAGCCCAGGAAGAACAGUGAAGGGAGCUUCAUACUUUUAGAGGUAUGAGGUUUGGGUCUUCAGUCAUCUACUCAGGAAGGGAAGACAAGCUGCAGGACUCAGCCCAGGUAAGCAGUUAGAGCUGGGGCACUGCUGGCUGACCCUUGAUUUCCCCAAACACUAGCUAUGUUAAAACCUGCAACCUUUAGGGGUGGACCUAGUAGGCCAUAAUCAAUGUGCUUCCGUCUCCCUUGCAACUAACAAGACUGAGCACUGUGAUAUGACAGGUAUAGGUUGCUAGUGUCUUAGAACCUUGUUCAAAUGAAGCCUCUAUGCACUGUCUUUCUCCUUCUACCUUCCCAUCCAAUUUCAAACAGGAUUCCUGGAGCGUACACAGCCGUGUCUGACCCGGUAAGAAAGACACAAAGUCAGAGGAACCUAGGACACACCCAUACCUCCGGACCCCAGCUGCCUACCUCAGAAUCUCCGCUUAGUUCAGCCCCUUGUAUUGUCAUUUAACUGAUUAAUCAUCUUAAGUGAUUUCCCCAGAACUAAGCCAAGCUGCAGCAAAGGGUGGCAGGCGGUGUAGCAGGUCAGGAGACUCAUUGAGACGAAAGACAGUUGAGAAGGCAGAGGCUCCGGAAAGAUCCUCGGGCAGUGCAAGGACAGAAGCACUGGAGAGGAUAAAAGGAGAAAUCCCCCAGCUUCCGAAUUUCAAA